GCAACACUGAUCAUGGAGUUUUUUGUUGACGUCAUAAAUUUGUGAGAUAAUUGGAUUCAUUUUAUUGCCAUUAUCUGCUUUAAUUUUUCAUGAAAAGACGUGAAAAAUGUCACAAAAGGAACUAGAGAAGUCAGAAGGUUUCCAAAUGAGGUCACAACAGUAAGCUUCUCCGGGGGAGACAGUGAAUAAAAAAAAGUAUCUCUGGAACCGUGCUUGAGUGAUAAAAAUGCCCAGAUGACGACUUAAUCGAUUGACCAAAUGCGCAGGAGAAAGAAAAUGCCACAGAGUGUGUUUCCGAAGAGGUUUCUGUGGCUAGUGCUCGUAUAUUUGACCGCAGUAAACGCCCAUGGGGAUCCGUGCACAAAUUCCACAGCACCCCAUCGGGUUGAAGUGGAAUUCACCACGAAAAUCGUAAAGAAUGAGUACAUUGUGGCCUUUGAUGGAUACUACAGAGCCAGCACCAGGGAGAAUUAUCUCAAGGCAGCGCUAAAUGGUUCCCGAUUGUCCAAUUGGCGGAUAGUUUCUCGGUCAAAUCCUGCCAGUGACUUUCCCAGUGACUUCGAUGUGAUAAUUCUGGAGGAGUAUGAGCCCUUUGAGGGUCUCCAGUUGAUUAAAAAUCAUCCGUCUGUGAAGAGUGUCACGCCACAACGAAUGGUUCAUCGAUCCCUCAAGUUUGUCCCUCUUUCUGCGGCUGAAAUUGAUGAGGAUGCCGCGGGGGAUUAUAUUGAUGCUGAGGACGUUGACGAGGAAUUGAUUCAGGAACUUGAAAAAGCCACAACAGUUACCGGACGCAGUCUAGCGGCAACAAAUGAUACAAAUUCCAACAGACACGUCAAUCGUCGCCUACUGCGAGCGAUUCCACGGCAAAUCACAUCCCUGCUCAAAGCAGACAUCCUCUGGGGAUUGGGAGUUACAGGAAGGGGUGUCAGAGUGGCCAUCUUCGAUACGGGUCUGGCCAAAUCUCAUCCCCAUUUCAAGAGAAUCAAAGAACGAACAAAUUGGACUAAUGAAAAGAGUCUCGAUGAUGGAGUUAGCCAUGGAACUUUUGUUGCUGGCGUCAUUGCGUCGUCCAAGGAGUGCCUGGGAUUUGCUCCGGAUGCCGAACUUCACAUCUACAGGGUAUUUACAAAUAAUCAAGUAUCCUACACAAGUUGGUUCCUAGAUGCCUUCAACUAUGCUAUCCUCAAGAAGAUCAACAUCCUGAACUUGAGCAUCGGUGGACCGGAUUUUCUGGAUCAUCCCUUUGUAGACAAGGUCCUAGAACUGACAGCCAAUAAGGUCAUCAUGGUGUCUGCGAUUGGUAAUGAUGGUCCACUUUAUGGGACACUAAACAAUCCAGGCGACCAGAGUGAUGUUAUUGGAGUCGGUGGGAUCAACUUUGAGGACAAUAUUGCCAAGUUCAGCUCUCGGGGGAUGACAACGUGGGAGUUACCGGGAGGAUAUGGACGUCUGAAGCCUGACAUCGUGACGUACGGUAGUCAGGUGAAGGGAAGCAAUGUAAAGGGUGGUUGUCGAUCACUGUCGGGAACUUCUGUUGCGUCACCAGUUGUAGCUGGUGCGGUGGCUCUCCUGGCAAGUGGAGUGUUGCACAAGAUGGAUCUCGUGAAUCCGUCAUCGAUGAAGCAGGCACUCAUUGAAGGGGCCACAAGGCUUCCGGACAGCAAUAUGUUCGAACAGGGUCAUGGGAAGCUCAAUAUCCUCAAAAGUAUGAAACUUUUGUCAUCCUACAAACCCCGAGUGACACUGAGUCCACCAUAUUUGGACUUUACUGAAGAUUACAUGUGGCCAUACAAUACACAGGCCCUAUUUUUCACGAGUAGUCCCGCAAUAGCUAAUGUUACCAUUCUCAAUGGGAUGGGAGUUAUUGGGAGAGUUGUUACACCACCCACAUGGCAUCCCUAUGCUUCAGCUCAUGGACACUUGCUCAAUGUGUCCAUAGCGCAUUCGGAGAUCCUCUGGCCAUGGUCUGGAUGGCUCUCAAUUCAUAUUCAGGUUACAGAAGCUGGGGCAAAUUUUGAGGGAAUGGCCCAGGGUCAUAUAACUCUAACGGUACAGAGUCCAGCGUCAGGUGAUGAAGCUGAACCGAGGAAUGGUACAGUUAGUUUUCCAUUGCGCGUAAGAAUUAUCCCAAAGCCACCGAAAGAUAAGCGGAUACUCUGGGAUCAAUAUCACAGCUUAAGAUAUCCACCUGGAUACUUGCCGAGGGAUAAUCUGAAGAUCAAAGCUGAUCCUCUUGAUUGGCGAGCAGAUCAUAUUCAUACGAAUUUCAGGGAUAUGUAUACGCAUCUGAGAAAUGCCGGAUACUACAUUGAAGUUUUGGGUACGCCAUUUACUUGCUUCAAUGCUUCGAACUACGGAACUCUACUGAUAGUGGAUCCUGAAGAGGAAUUUUUCCCAGAAGAAAUAGCCAAGUUGAAGAGAGAUGUGCUAGAGGCUGAUCUCAGUGUUAUUAUCUUUGCCGAUUGGUACAAUACUAGUAUCAUGAGGAAGAUAAAGUUCUACGAUGAGAAUACAAGGCAAUGGUGGAUGCCAGAUACAGGUGGUGCCAAUAUACCGGCUCUCAAUGAAGUCCUCAGGGAAUUCAAUAUCACCCUUGGUGAUCGGGUCAGUGAAGGAUAUUUUGCAAUGGGUGAUCAUUCAAUGUAUUAUGCUAGUGGGACAUCUCUUGUAAAAUUCCCCCAAACAUCUUCGUCGAUUGUGAUUGAGAGGGAUCUUUAUGAUCAGGGAGUGGAAAUUCUCAAUAAUGUUACAGGAGCAUCUGAUGAUACUCAGAAACGACGAGUCAGGUCUCCAGUGGCUAUUUUGGGUUUAUUACAAGUUGAUGGGUCCUUUGCGCAAAUAAAACAUGCAGAAAGUGGUGAUGUUCACCAUGAGGGUGAGGAUGUUGAUGUUUACAAAGAUUUAGGUGGUAUUGAUACACUUCAGAUGGAGAAGAAUCCCAUUCUGAAUAAGAGAAUCCUUCUUGAAGCUGCAGAAGAUAAUCAGCGCAGCAAUGCGUCUGAGAAGCGUAUUCUAAAGGCGGUGGAAGUUAUGGAUGUUGCUGAAAAUGAGAUUAGUGAUGCUGAAGAGGAUGAUAAGACAUUGGAAAUGGCUCAGGUGAAGGAUGAGCUGAAACUAUUGCCACAUACAAAUGUUCGAAAAGGUGGUAGAAUAGCUGUGUAUGGUGAUUCAAAUUGUCUAGAUUCGACACAUAUGGAAAAACCAUGUUUUUGGCUUUUGGACAUGCUGUUGGAGUACACAAUGACAUCUCAUGUGGCUGGACUUCUCAGUGGACUCAAUCAAUCAGGAAAAAUUCAUUUCCGUCAAGAUGUGAUAUCGCCUGCGCGACUUCCCAACAACAACCUCUACCUGUAUUCAAAGGUCCUGGAUCAGCAGAAUGCCAAUAGGAAGCGUGAUAUUCCACAGUGUCCGCGACUUGUCUGGGAGAAUCCUAUUUUUCUCAAUAUCACUCAGACAAUAGGACUGCAGAAUGCAGGAAAUGGAGCUAAUGAGGGCAUAGGAGGGGAAAAUAGUGCCAAUAGUAUUCUCCGGAAGCUGGAGAGCCAAAAAGGUGAGGUGGUGGCCUAAAUGCAGAUGAAAUAGAUUUAAGAUUGCUGCAGAAUCAAUGGCGUGGCAGUCAUGAGGAUACAGUUAAUUUUGCCGAUGAACCAGGUGCAAUUGUCAAGGAGAAUUUGGAUGAAUCCUUUAGUGUUUCCAUUGCAAUUCUCCUAUUUCUAACACUCGUAGUGUUUCUUCUAUUUAUCAAUUGGCUGAGGAAGAUCCGGGGUGCAGCGAGUAGAUCCCGGAAUAUGUAUUUCUUCAAUAUUUUGAGACUCUAAGGAUGUGUAUGUGUGUGAUUGUGAACAAAUAGUGAUGGAAUUACUGAAAUUCAGCGUGCGUGAGUGAAUGUGCUAAGUAUACCAAAUGUCACAAUUUCACGAUAAUAGCUUCAGACAUUUUAAUUAUCUUCUGGUUAUUUUUUUUAAUAAAAGUAUUCAGUAGCAGUUGAA